UAACACUUUAGCAUGAGGAACAAUCCUCACUUUAACCUAGUUGCGUAUUAGCUUGCAUAUUUAAUGUUCAUUAGUGCUUAUAAAACAAGCACUUUACUUGUACUUAUAAAUGCUACAUCUACCUUACUAACUAUUAAUAAUCAGUAAAUUAAGAGUUUAUUUAGGCAAAAAUAGUUAAUAGUGAAUAUGUGCUCCCCAAACUAAAGUGUUUUUUUUCCCCUUGUCUUGUUGUUUUUGUGUUUUGCCUUGUUUUAUGUUUUUGUUUUGUUUUGUUUUUUAACUUUUUGGCUUGUCUUGUUUUGUAUUUUGUUUUAUCUGAGAACUGCAGAUUCGAAGUGAUGAUUACAUCUUCUAUAAAGCACAGUAAACAGUGUAGAAAUGCAGUGUGUGCUGUUGUUCUUACCCUAUGGACCCCUGAGUAUUAUCUAUCUAUCUGUCUUGCUCUUGUUCGUGUCAUAAAGCAGGCAGGACACAGUCCAGCUAAUAAGACACACACCUGUUUGAGCUGCUCUCACAAAGACGUUCUGCGCUGGUCAGGUCUUUUCUCACUCAGGUAUCCAGCAGUCACACACACAAACACACUCCUGCUGUCAACAUGCCAGAUGAAAAGAUGGAUGAGACUAAGAAAACGACUAAAAAGACGGCUGAGUGUUGUGGGUAUCCAGUCAGCAUUUUCUUCAUUGUGGUCAACGAGUUCUGUGAGAGAUUUUCCUACUAUGGCAUGCGAGCUGUGUUGGUGCUGUAUUUCCAAAAUUUUCUGCUUUGGGAGGAUGACAAAGCGACCUCGAUCUACCAUGCCUUUGUGGCGCUGUGCUACUUGACACCCAUCAUGGGUGCCAUCAUUGCCGACUCCUGGCUCGGGAAGUUCAAAACGAUCAUAUACCUGUCUAUAGUGUACGCCAUUGGCCAGGUCAUCAUGGCCGUCAGCACCAUUCAUGACAUCACCGAUACUAAUAGAGACGGCACGCCGGAUAACUUCACCUUCCACAUCGCUCUGUCCAUGCUGGGUUUGGUUCUCAUUGCUCUGGGCACUGGCGGUAUUAAACCAUGUGUGGCUGCAUUUGGUGGCGAUCAGUUUCAGGAACAUCAGAGUCGCCAGCUCAACACGUUCUUCUCAGUGUUUUAUCUGUGCAUCAAUGGAGGGAGUCUUCUUUCCACCCUCAUUACGCCUGUUCUCAGAGCUCAGGAGUGUGGCAUCCAUACUCAGCAGCAGUGCUAUCCUCUGGCUUUUGGCGUCCCAGCCGUUCUCAUGGUCGUGUCUCUGGUGGUGUUCAUCGCUGGCAGUAGCAUGUAUGUCAAAACAGAUCCAGAAGGAAACAUCAUUUGGUCUGUGUGUAAAUGCGUAGGGUUUGCCAUCAAAAACCGUUUCAGGCACAGAAGCAGCAUUCAUCCAAAGAGGGAACACUGGAUGGACUGGGCCAAUGAGAAAUAUGAUAAACUUCUCAUCGCUCAGAUAAAGAUGGUGUUGAAGGUGUUGUUCCUCUACAUCCCCCUGCCUAUGUUUUGGACCCUGUUUGACCAAAAGGGCUCCCGCUGGACUCUCCAGGCCACCACCAUGAGCGGAGACUUUAAAGCAUUCAUCCUGCAGCCAGACCAGAUGCAGACUGUGAACCCCAUCCUGAUCCUGACCCUGGUGCCCAUCAUGGACCGAAUUAUUUUCCCUCUCAUUAAAAAGUGUGGCCUCAAUUUCAGUCCUUUGAAGAGAAUGACUGUUGGCAUGUUGUUUGCUGCCAUGGCGUUUGUUUGUGCAGCUUUAGUCCAGAUUGAGAUCGAUAAAACAUUGCCAAACUUCCCAUCGUCCUCUGAGAGCCAGCUUAAGGUGGUGAACAUGUACAGCAGUUCAUUGAACGUGACCAUCUCACCCAACAAGUCUCUUCUGAUAGACUCAUUUGAGAGCAAUGGAGAUUAUGUGACAUUUGAUCACCAGGACAUCACAGUGUCCUUAAACACAAAUCCUGUGAUCACCAAAGCUUUUAGUUUAAUUAAAGGAGGCCGCCAGACCCUGAUCAUCCCCUCUGACCCAUCCAUCAUGUAUCUGCAAGAAGAUAUAAAGUCCAAACCAAAGGGAGGAAAGAAUGCUGUUAGGUUUGUGAAUGGCUGGACAGCAGAUCUGAACAUCACUAACUUGGAUUCUAUUCAGCCAUCAAUCUCUUCAAACUACACACUUGUUUCUCAGGGAACGCGGAAGUUCGUGCUCAGCAAUGGUGAGCAGUCAUGUGAGUUUUCUCAGAAGUUUGGAUUUGGUUCUUCAUACACCUACCUCAUCCCCAGCACGCUGUUCUCGACUGAUUGUGAGUCUAUAAAGGUAGUUGAGGACAUGCAGCCCAAUUCAGUCCACAUGGCACUGCAGAUUCCUCAGUACUUCCUAAUUACUACAGGAGAGGUCAUGUUCUCAGUCACCGGCCUGCAGUUCUCAUACUCACAGGCUCCAAAGAAUAUGAAGUCAGUGUUGCAGGCUGGCUGGUUGUGCACUAAUGCCGUGGGAAACUUUAUUGUGCUGAUUGUGGCAGAGCUGGGAAAGCUUCCGAAACAGUGGGCAGAGUAUGUGUUGUUUGCGUCACUGCUUGUGGCCGUGAGUAUCAUCUUCUCCAUCAUGGCUUAUUUCUACACCUACAUUGACCCAGCGGAGAUUGAGGCCAAGAUCAGGAAAGAGCAAGGGCUUGAGCCAGAGGAGAAGAAGAAAGAGACACUGGAAAUGGAGCGAAAAGAUAAAGACCAGAACAAUGAGCAGGAGGGCAAACAGACCAAAAUGUAAGAUACUACAAAACAUUUGUGAAGAUUGGAUUGUUAUAUGUUAAUAUGCUAAGAUCUCCCAUUUAGUUCCGUAUUUAUUCAAAUAGAAUGACUGGGAACAGACAUGUUGAUGUUACUUGCAUCCAUUGUUGUCAAAUUCAGUGUUACCGUUGGCUGUAUUGAUAAGACCCUACUGAGUGAACAAAUGUAUCAUGAAAAAUGUAAUGUGUAAAAACCUUCUGUCAUGAUAAUUUUAGACAUGGUUUAAAAUGCAGAUGGUUUAUAUUGCAGAUAGUGUUAUUGUGUGUGAUCAUUUGCGUUUUGUGAAGAUUUUCUAAGCUAA